AUGGGAAGCUCAGAAAGUUACACUUAUCCACCAAUACCCUCAGAAGAAGAAUUAGAUUUACAUAAAGUACCAUUAUUUUAUAGAGAUAAAUGUGCUGCUCAUUUAAUUGAAUAUUAUAAAUGUCUUGAUAAAGGAACUUCAUUUUGUUCAACCACAAAAGAUGAAUUUUAUAAAUGCCAAUAUCUUGCAUUAAAAGAAAGAUUAGACAAUUAUACUAAACAAAAUCAACAACAAAAACAUUGA